CAAUGUUGGGUGUUGUUGGUCUGCUUCUCCUGGUGGCGUUCGCCACACUGCUUGUGUGGGAUUACUUCUGCCGAAAACGGCGCUACGAUAUGUUGCUUCCAGGUCCCCGGCCGCUUCCCCUGCUGGGAAAUGUGCUUAUGUACCGCGGUUUAAAUGCCCAACAAAUCAUGGAAUUUGUAACCAAGAACCAGCGCAAGUACGGUCGCCUCUACAGGGUGUGGAUUUUUAACCAGUUGGCCGUGUUCUCCACGGAUCCCCGGGACAUUGAGUUUCUGCUGAGUAGCCAGCAGCAUAUCACGAAGAAUAAUCUGUACAAGUUACUUCACUGCUGGCUGGGCGAAGGAUUGCUGAUGAGCACGGGCAGGAAGUGGCACGGUCGAAGGAAGAUAAUCACGCCCACCUUUCACUUUAAGAUAUUGGAGCAGUUCGUGGAGAUCUUCGACCAGCAAAGCGCUGUGAUGGUGGAACAGCUUCAGUCCAGGGCCGAUGGAAAGACGCCCAUCAACAUCUUUCCGGUGGUGUGUCUAACUGCUCUGGAUAUAAUUGCAGAAACUGCCAUGGGCACAAAGAUCGAUGCACAGAAGAAUCCAAAUCUGCCUUAUGUCCAGGCAGUCAAUGAGGUCACCACCAUCAUGAUUACUCGUUUUAUCAACGCUUGGCAGCGAGUGGAUUGGAUAUUCCGGCUGACCCAGCCAACAGAAGCUAAACGCCAGGAUGCCGCUAUCAAGACGAUGCACGACUUCACCGAGAACAUUAUUCGUGAACGGCGUCAGGCGCUGGUAAACAAUUCUAAAGAAACAGAUGAGCAGGUGGAUGAUCUAGGCCAGAAGCGUCGUAUGGCUUUACUGGAUGUGCUGCUGCAGUCUACAAUAGAUGGAGCUCCGUUAAGCGAUGUGGAUAUCCGGGAGGAGGUAGACACCUUUAUGUUUGAGGGCCAUGAUACAACCACAUCGGCCAUUUCCUUCUGUUUAUAUGAGAUAUCUAGGCAUCCAGAGGUGCAAGAACGCUUGGUGCAGGAAAUCCGUGAGGUGCUCGGAGAAGAUCCAAAAACGCAGGUUACUCUGCGUGAUCUGGGUGAGCUGAAGUAUAUGGAGAAUGUGAUUAAGGAGUCACUGCGUCUGCAUCCUCCAGUGCCCAUGAUAGGCCGCUGGUUCGCUGAGGAUGUGGAAAUACGUGGCAAGCGUAUACCAGCAGGCACUAACUUCACAGUGGGCAUUUUUGUUCUUCUUCGUGAUCCUGAGUACUUUGAGUCCCCCGAUAUGUUCCGACCGGAGAGAUUCGAGGCGAACGUUCCGCAGAUCCAUCCGUAUGCGUACAUACCCUUUUCUGCUGGACCAAGGAACUGCAUAGGCCAAAAGUUUGCUUUGCUGGAGAUGAAAAGCACAAUCAGCAAGCUCCUCCGUUACUUCCAGUUGCUGCCUUUGGGUCCUGAUCCCCAGCAUUCAAUGAAUAUUGUCCUGCGUUCAGCCAACGGCGUGCAUUUAGGAUUGAAACCUCGCGCUACGACAACAGGCGCACUAUUCGAAUCGAAAGCCCACUCCGCGACUCGCUGCAGGGGGUACAACAUGUUGGUGGCUUUGCUAGUGACUCUCCUGGUGGCUCGUCUGGUGGCCUGGCUAAUUCGUUUGUCUUUGAAUGAACUGCGACAUCCUCUACAUGGGGUGGUGCCCUGUGUUUCGCGAGUUCCUUUAGUAGGAUCCGCCUGGCAGAUGCGUAGUUUCCAGCCGGAUAAUCUCCACGAGAAAUUCGGCGAAUAUGUUCGCCGUUUUGGUCGGUGCUUUAUGGGUACUGUACUGGGCCGUGUGAUUGUGGUUACAGCGGAACCACGACACGUAGAUGCACUUUUGCAUAGUAAUCAUCAGCUAAGGAAGGGCACCAUGUAUCUUGCUCUACGUGGUUGGCUGGGUAAUGGACUCUUGCUGAGCCGCGGUGAGGAGUGGCAUACGAUGCGUAAGAUCAUUACGCCUACAUUUCACUUCGGCAUCCUGGAGCAGUUCGUUGAGAUCUUCGACAAACAGAGCAGCAGGUUGGUGAAGCGUUUGGAGCCCAUGUCGCAUGACGAGAAGGCCGUGAAUAUCUAUCCCUAUGUAGGUUUGGCUACCCUCGAUAUCAUCACAGAAACGGCUAUGGGCGUAAGUGUGAAUGCUCAAGGAAAUGAGGAUUCGGAUGUGGUGCAUGCUGUAAAAGAUCUGACAAACAUCUUGGCCACCAGGUUUAUGAGACCGCAUCUGCUACUUCCCCAGCUCUUCCGACUGUGUUGGUCUACUGGGUUUAAAAAGCAAGAAUAUAGCGUCAACUGCUUACAUCAGUUCACAAAUGGUAUUAUAGAGCAUCGUCGUCAUCUGUUGGCCACAGGGUGUUGCCAGAAACAGCCAGAGAAACGACACACCCUGCUGGACACUCUCCUGCAGGCCACUGUGGGUGGGAAACCGCUAACCGACAAACAGAUUCGCGAUGAAGUCAACACCUUUAUCUUCGAGGGUCAUGAUACAACGACUUCGGCAGCCGCUUUCUGUUUAUACCUGCUUUCUCGACAUGAGGCAGUGCAGCAAAAGCUGUUUGAAGAGCUUAAUGAGUACUACGGACGGGAUUUAAAUAAAGGUGUUAUCCACUCCGAUUUUGCUGCUCUUCCAUAUCUGAACUGUGUGGUCAAGGAGUCUUUGCGUCUGUAUCCGCCUAUUCCAGCAGUGGCCCGCUGUUUAGAAAAAGAUUUGGACAUAGAUGGUGGUUACAUCCCAAUGGGAACCAACGUAGUCGUACUGCUCUGGCAGCUCCUUCGCGAUGAAGCACUAUUUGCUGAUCCACUACUCUUUCAACCAGAGAGGCAUCUAGGAGAAGAGUCCUCCAGACUGAGUCCAUACAGCUACAUACCCUUCUCCGCAGGGCCGAGGAACUGCAUUGGUCAAAAGUUUGCACUUCUGGAGACGAAAACCAUAGUGAUCAAGAUGAUGCGACACUACAAGCUGCUACCAAUCGGCGUAGAUGUGGAGCCUUCCAUUAAAAUAGUGCUGCGAUCGAAGUGCGGUGUGAAUAUAGGCUUGCGACCGAGGAUAUAUUAAUAAUUUGUGAUUUUAGAAUUAAAAUAAAUAUUUAAGAACCUA